AUCACUUUCCCCUCGCAGUACUAGAACCCACACCUCUAAUGUUUUCCCAUAUCUGACAAUGUCUUCAGCUUCCAAAACUCUUACCCAGUUUAAGUAGACUAAAUAAUGGAGUAGAAGAAGGAGACUUUCAACCGAUAGAGGAGCAGCUGUCAGCAACAGAGUUGCAAUAAAGAAAAUCGCCCGAGGGGACUGAAACAGACGGAGAUCAGCGGAGACAGGCGAAGGCGAAGAAAAGGGAAGACUGCUUCAGGUGACCGAGUCGCGAUGGAAGCGCACGGCGUGUGUGACUAGGGAGCACCGCUUCCCAAAGCGCUCGCUUUGUUAAGGUGGAUUACAAAGUGAGAAAGAUUCAGAACUGACCGGGACCCCCUUUGUCUAUUUCACUUGACGGAUUAUCCCAGAACCAUGAACGUGUCGCCCCCAGACCGCAGGAAAAACGUGCGAGAACUGGCUUUGGAGAUUGGCAUCCGAGUCCUGCUUUUCGGAGUUUUUGUAUUUACAGAGUUUCUGGAGCCCUUUGAGAGAGUGAUUCAACCAGAGGAGCUUUGGCUUUACAAGAAUCCUCUAGUUGAGUCAGACCACAUUCCCAAGAGGGUCAUGUUCGCAAUUUCGUUCCUUACCCCAUUGGCGGUGAUUUUUGUGGUGAAGAUAAUUCAGAGGACGGACAAGACAGAGAUCAAAGAGGCAUGCUUAGCUGUAUCCCUGGCUCUCGCCCUGAAUGGAGUCUUCACAAAUACUAUCAAGUUGAUUGUUGGCAGACCCAGGCCUGAUUAUUUCCAGCGUUGUUUCCCGGAUGGACAAGUAAAUGUGAAGAUGUUGUGCACUGGGGAACCCGAUCUUGUCUCGGAGGGACGCAAGAGCUUCCCCAGCAGCCAUUCCUCAUUUGCAUUCUCCGGUCUUGGCUUUACCUCCUUCUACCUGGCGGGGAAGCUGCAGUGCUUUACGGAUCAAGGUCGAGGGCGUAGCUGGCGUCUCUGUGCCAUGGUGCUGCCUCUCUACAGCGCUAUGAUGAUUGCAUUGUCCCGGACCUGCGACUACAAACACCACUGGCAAGAUGCUUUUGUUGGAGGAGUGAUCGGGUUGCUGUUUGCCUAUAUCUGCUAUCGCCAGCACUACCCACCCUUUCUGCACAUGGAUUGCCACCUGCCUUAUGCCAGUCUGGCUGCUGCCGCCCACAAGCCCUCGCUUCCCCAGGACGACCCGCAGCCCACUGACAAUGCCACCACCCUUCCCCUGGAGGGCUUGACUGAAGGGCCAGUAUGACUAGUGGCCACCACCGAGACUCCCCCUAACACCCUUACCAAGCCAUUGAGCCCACGUCCCCAUUCCCAGUGACUGACUGGCACUUGUAUACAUUCCAGUGGACAGUAUUACACCUCACCCAUCUCCAUACUGUUACACCCUGUCUCGGUGAAACACACAUUCUUUUGUGUUUAUUUUUUUUUAUAUCUGGUUCUUGCUCAGCAGCCGUGAAAGUCUAUAUUUAGAUGUGAUGUAUGAGAGGAACCUACGAAUAUGGGACAUCACCGCUGAGAGGGAAGAGCGAAAAACAUGUUAAAACACUGAGGAAACAAGUCUUACUAAUGGCUGUGGAGGAAGAUGAAAAUAUUGUGUAUGUCUUUGCUGGAAUCUUUAGCUUAAUGAGAAAUGUGGACAGCAGGUUGUUUUAUGCUGUAGUAUAUUAAAUGUUUGGCUGGGAUAGCAAGUUGGGGAGACGCAGAGUAAUCCCAUUAAAUGUCACAGCAAUUAAAUCAUGAAAUCAAAUCACUUCAACUAUUUGAAUAUCAUAUGUUAUAUUUCAACCUCAAAAACAAAGUCUGGAAUUUGAUAGCAACAAGUGGCAGAAAGCAGCGACAUUCUGUGUGUUUCAGUCGUAGACUUUUAAAUGCACUCUGCAUUUCCAGAGGGCACCAAUGUGUUGGUUUUAAACUGAAGGUCUUGGGGCCCUUCUCUAGAUUCACACCUCCUCUGCUUUUAAUACUUUUUGGUUGUCCGUAGCAACAUAAUAAUACAUAUAGAAACAAUACAUUCUUUUGAGAAAAGCACUGGUCCAUGUCAAGGACAAUAGUCAAUGUUCCCCAACCUUAUUCUUGUACAUUUACCCAUUUUUUAUUAUUCCAUUUCUCCCCAUUCUCUUGGGCUUGUGCAAUUUCCCAGUGCAAUCCUGCACAUCGCCCCUUUCUCGUUCCUCUUCCUCUGCUUGUCACCAAUCAACUUUCACAAACCCUCCUGUUAACAAAUGUUUCUGGAGGUUGCACGGGGACAUGGACCCAAACUGUAGCUCAAUUAGUGCAAUCAAUAACAGGCAGGUGGGAAUGGCGUGGUGGAAGUGUGUCUGGACAGGCACAAACUCCAAUUUGAUCCUGCAUUAAUCCUCAUUAAGGGAGGUCAGCCACUGCCGUGUAUGAGCACAUUAGGACUAUAUGAUGUGCCCCACGGACUGCCCAAGCACUGCAAAUGGCUUUCAGCCCACUGUAGCCCCACAAAUAGACAAUCUUGCAUUCAGGAGAUGACAGGCCUGAGCCCUGGCCAAAUGAUUCUGAUGGAUUAUUCAUCCAUUAAUGUUCCAUUAUUUAUUAAUAUUCCCAGCCUUAUUUUAGGGACAGCGUGUUGAAACAAAGAAGACACCAAAGAUUUGUAGCCUUUUUCUGCUUGGCUUGUGUGCACCCUGCAGCAGAAAUGACACAUAGCCAGAUUACCUGUUCCCCAUCGUCAACAAAGCAAUUUUUGCAAGUUUUGUUAGAAAUGAUUUAUCCUUUUGUUGCCUUGGUUACUGUGUCUUUAUUUUUUGCUAUUGCUGUGACAUUAAUGGUGAGGUGCAAUCUCAUUUUACCACUAACUCAACCAAGCUACACAGAAAGGCAAAGGUUAUAGCUGUACUUGCACUGAACAGUGAAGGGUGAAAAACAGGAGACAGCACAUCAAAAUAACAUGAUGUGAAAUGAGCAGCAAGCCAAAUGUAUAAGGUUAUUGUGUAAUUUUAUUAUCCUAUCAGUAUGUCAGUCAAGCAUAUUUGUACAUUUGUCUGUCUCCACUGUCAAGAGUCCACACGUGUUUUGUAAAAAGCAACAGUUGAAACAGCCACACCUUCAGCUGCUGUUGUUACACGGGGAUGACAAUUAAAGCUUCUCUCUGUUCAACUUUUGUUUAAACAUCAUUUACUCAAAUCUGUCACAAUUAAGUCUCUGUCACUAAUGCAACCCAUUGGCAGCUUCUUAAAAUUGUGUGUGUGUGUGUGUGUGUGUGUGUGUGUGUGUGUGUGUGUGUGUGUGUGUGUGCGCGCAUGCAAGUUUUGACAAGGCCUGUCCCACACUGAUGCAAUACAAAAUGAAACUUUACAAAGAACUAACCAUUUACCAGAGGGCAAAAGUUGCUUGACUCUGCACAUCAGACUCUGUGACGGGACUUGACCAGACUCUGAGAGUUGACUGGAGAGAAACUUGUAACCUUCUCGCUGGUUGCUUUCAGCACAGUCCCGGAGAACAGUGACAGUGUGAUUUGGACAUCCUGAGGCAGAAUUGGGGAUAUGAUGAUUGUGACCCAGAUUCAUUAUGUUCUAUAGACCUGCAUUCGCCUGACUUGGCAGCCUGAUGUUUGUACUUUGUCAUUUAGUUUUCUCCUAUUAGAUGGUGCAGUGUAUAUUGGAAAAAAAUGUUGAUCAGAGAUCAUGUCUGUAAGAGUAUUUUUGCUUAAUCAACAACAGACUUAAGUUUCUCACUUUUCUUCAAAUGAUUCCAUAACUUAUGACUUUAAUUUGGUGCUAUAGAUAGUUUUGUAGCAGUAGGUGUCACUUUUUUCAAACAGUGGAUGUGUCAUUUCUAAAUGAAAGUUCAAUAAUUUUCUACAGAGAAAGAAAAACAUUAUAUUACUUUUUUUUUUCAAAUCAGAUGCACAAGGGCAACCAGUGCUUGAUUUUUUCUUUCUAUCAAUUCACCUUCCCAAGGACUGAUGGGAUAAAAGUAUAGAAAAAAUAUUAAAGAAUGAUGAAAUUAUUAUAAAUUACAAUGAAUAGAUGUCUGAAGAAAAAAAAAGAGUGUACGACUUAAGAGUCUUUGUUCAUGGCAUGCCAAUUCCAUUUGUGAAAGACUGUUUUCUAUGAAUAAGCAUGUCUGGCCUUGAGAACUCUUUGAGCUGUGUUUUUGCUGUUUGUAUAGUUUAUGUACAAUAAAGGACCGCAGCUGUGUGAAAUCUGUCCAUGAUGAAAACAAAAGGAGCCUAAUGUACCUUGUCAAAGCGGGAUCGUUGGAGCCUAUGUUUGUUUCUGAGAUGGGAACUCCGAUUCGCUUCACUCGGAUUCAACACAUCAUUGGACACAAAUCAAGGUCUGAAGAUGUUUAUAAAAAAAAAUCCUCCCUGUAAUCAGAACAUUGAUACUAUUACAUUAUUCCUUGUUAUAUGCAAAUGAACAAUCUUACAUUAUGCAGCAGCAGACGUUUGAAAGAGCUGUAUCCCAAGUUCAGUUAAAUGAAUUUAUGCUUCAACGGACCUGCUGUCAGAUUGCACCGUGCUACUGAGGCCGUUGAAUGUGUGUGAAUGUAACUCUGUUCUAAGUGUGUAUUGUGCUUUUCUGCAUCAGUUGUGUUACAUUCUUGUGUAGGGAGUUUCCAAUAAA